AUGAUCAACGCCGUGCUGGUCUUCAACAAUGCAGGACAGUCGCGGCUGACCAAGUUCUACACCCAGCUGGAAACCAGCGUCCAGCAACGCCUCAUCUCGGAGAUCUUCACCCUCGUCGCCAACCGUCCCAACUCGGCAUGCAACUUUCUCCCCCUUCCGCCUCUCCUCGCCAGCAGCUCCAAAUCCUCGGCGCCCACGACGCCGCACAAUGACACUCCCUCUCUCGUGACGUACCGCCACUAUGCGACCCUCUACUUCAUCGUCAUAUCGACCUCGACCGAGUCGCCUCUUGCCCUUUUGGAUCUCAUCCAAGUCUUCGUGCAGGCGCUCGACGGCCUGUUUGAGAACGUAUGCGAACUGGACCUCAUCUUCAACUUCGAGACGCUGCACGCGACACUGGGCGAGAUGAUUGUGGGCGGUGUGGUGGUCGAGACACAGCUGGACAAGGUGAUCCAGGGCGUCAAGGCACAGGGCCGAGUGGCCAAACGACCCGUGAACGAGGGAAAGAACCUGGGCGGCGGUGGAGGCGGUGGGGUCAUGGGCGGGCUCACAUUCGGUGGCUUGGGGAGAGGAGAUGGCAUUUGGGCCGGACGGUGA